CCCUCACAUCAUCUGGCAGGCAAGCUUCAAGUUCAGUGAACAUCCACUGCUUCUAGGAAAUACCUAUGUCUUUUUUUUAAAAGUUGCUUCUGCAAGUGAAUGCUGCCAGACCUGACCAAGAAACAUGGGUACAGGGGAUUUUAUCUGCAUCACCAUGACUGGAGGGGCACCUUGGGGUUUUCGACUACAAGGUGGCAAAGAAGAGAAGCAACCUUUGCAGAUUGCUAAGAUUCGUAACAAGAGCAAAGCUUCUAAGGCUGGGCUGUGUGAAGGGGAUGAGGUGAUAUCCAUCAAUGGCAACCCUUGUGCUGACUUGACCUAUUCUGAAGUUAUCAUCUUGAUGGAGGGCCUGGCUGACACUCUCGAGAUGCUCAUCAAGAGGUCUUCCAGUGGAGUAAAUGACAACUUAAGUCCUGAAAGAGAAAAUGGAGACCGAAGUAACAUUGCAAAUGAAGAAUAUAAAGAGAGCACCACGUUACAAAUUAGAACGGCCCAGAACAGGCCCUACAGAGAACUGCAGGUCACAGGGGCAGCCCAGGAAAUGCUCCAGAGAGAGUGGCGAAGUGACGAGGAGGACCUUUCUGAGACAAAGCAAGAAAGAGAGAUAACACACUGUCACAAAAUCCCUCCCAAAGUGAUAGAAGCCCCGAAAGCACACUUGAUAGCAGUGCCAGCUUUCACUAGGGGGGUUGGAGAAAGGCCAGGCCCGACAGUUGAGCUGCAGUUAUCCCUCUCACAUGACAAGCACAAAGGCAGCAGUGCUCCAGGACUGACUGUCCUGGGGGCUGAAAAGUGUGCCUCUCCAGAAGCAGGAUCCACCCUACAGCAAGAGGGGACUAGCUGGGUGACUUCAGCUCCUGCAGCCGCAGAAGACCACACUGCACAAUGGUCAAGCAGAACCUUCCAGGUUGCUAGUGGGAAAGGAGUUGGAGCAACCCAAGGAGCUGAGACAAAAGAGCCGUCUCUCACCAAGGUGGAAGUGAUCCUAGAUUGCUCUGACAGAGAGAAGGAAGCGUCCAGGUCUCUGGCCGAAAAGGGGUGUGUUGACUCUCAAGUGGAAGGAGGGCAGUCAGAAGCACCUCCUUCUGUAGUCUCCUUUGGAAUCUCAUCAGAAGGCACAGAGCAGGGAGAAGACGACGAGCACUCUGAAAGGGAACAUAGCAGACCUCACAAACACAGGGCAAGGCACGCCAGGCUCAGACGGAGUGAGAGCCUGUCAGAGAAACAGGUGAAAGAAGCCAAAUCUAAAUGUAAGAGCAUUGCCCUAUUGUUGACGGCAGCUCCUAACCCCAAUUCCAAGGGGGUGUUGAUGUUCAAGAAGCGUCGCCAAAGGGCCAGGAAAUACACUUGGGUCAGCUACGGCACUGGAGAGCUAGAGCAUUACGAGGGCGAAGAAGACGAGGGUGAAGACGUUGACAAGGAGAACGCUUUUGAGGUAACCUUACUAGGCACGAGUGAGUCUGAAAUCGAUGAAGAUUUCUUCUCUGACAUUGACAAAGAAGACCGGAUUGUGACAUUUGACUGGGAUACCGGCCUACUUGAGGUUGAAAAGAAACCAAAAAGUGGAGAAGAGAUGCAGAUGCUUCCAGAGAGCAAAGGCAAGGGCGCGCUCAUGUUUGCCAAGAGGCGGCAAAGAGUAGAUCAGGUCACAGCUGAACAAGAGGCAAUGAAGACGCAAGCAGUUCACAGUAUGGAGGAGCACCAAGAGGCCACUACAGCAGAGAGCAGCCAGAAAAUUAGCUCUUCCACAUACCAGGUGAAACAAGAAGCUUCUAGAAUGCAGAGCCAUGUAAGCAAAAGCUACAUAGAAAUGAGCCGCAGUCAUGGCACAACAAUACAGCAAAAUGGCAUUGGGGCCACUCCUGAGACAAACAUGAUGUAUCCAUCCUCUGAAGUGCCUAAAUCAGCGGCUUCAAACAGAACAGCCAAGCCUUUCCCUGGUGUGCAGAACAGGGCAGCAGCACCUUUUUCACCCACCAGAAGCAUGACUAGCCCUCUCUCGGAUUUACCUGCACCACCUCCCUACACUUCAGUCAGCCCACCACCAGAAGCCUUGUACAGAACUGCUUUGACUCCAGUGGCCAGCACAGCUCCUCCAGCUGUGUGGUCUCCGACCGAAUCCACAGAGCAGAUUGCAUCCAGGGACGAAAGGAUUGCAGUGCCUGCCAAAAGAACUGGAAUUUUGCAAGAGGCAAAGCGAAGAAACACUGCAAAGCCGAUGUUUACUUUCAAAGAAGCCCCUAAGGUGAGUCCCAAUCCUGCUCUUUUGUCCCUUGUGCAGAACACGGAAGGUAAAAAAGGUGGUGGUGCUGGCUUUGAGUCAGGUCCUGAAGAAGACUACCUCAGCUUGGGAGCAGAGGCCUGCAAUUUCAUGCAAAUCCAAGCAGCCAAGCAAAAGAUCCCUCCUCCUGUUGCUCCAAAACCCGCAGUAAAGGUUUCUCCUACUGCCACACCAGUUUCACCAGUCUGGUCACCUCCGGCUGUAGCUGUUACCCAGCCUCCCACCUUUCCAGCUCCAAAUUCACCCCAAGUGGCAACUCCAGCACCUAUAAAGAUAGCACAACCUGCUUAUCCUUCUCCACAGCCCCCAAGUACUCUUAAUCUAGCUGGUCCCCUUAGAGGGCCUCAAACAGCAGUGUCACACCAAAAUUAUACACCAAAAACAACACCUACCACACCACUAGGAAAUGCUGUGCUUGCUGGAGGGGUGGGGCCAGCCUUUGAGAUGCCCCCAGCUUUGAGUGGGAAGGGAGCCCAGCUCUUUGCGAAAAGGCAAUCGCGAAUGGAAAAAUAUGUGGUAGACUCAGAAACCGUGCAAGCCAAUAUGGCACGGGCUUCAUCACCAACUCCAUCUUUACCAGCCUCUUGGAAAUAUUCAUCUAAUGUUCGAGCACCACCUCCAGUAGCUUAUAACCCCAUCCAGUCCCCAUCUUAUCCUCUUGCUGCCACCAGACCACAGUCAAAGUCGCCUGGAGCUCCCAAAACUACCAAGAAAAAACCUAAGAAAGCACUUAGUUCUUUAGAGGUUAUGAAGCAUCAACCAUACCAGCUUAAUUCAUCCUUAUUUACUUUUCAACCUCCCUCUGACAAGGAAGGCCUAAUUCCUAAGCAACCCGCAAAGCUUGACUCAGUGUCUGCCUCAAAACAAGCUCUACCAACGAGAUCACUCAAUGCUGGUUCUCCUUCUACUGUCCGAGCAUCUUCAGUGUACUCUGUACCGGCCUACAGUUCACAGCCUUUUGUCCAGUCAAACACCUCUAGCCCAGUAAUUGAAUCCUGUGCAUCUACAGGCUAUCCUACAUUUUUGAAGCAAGAACCAGCAGCACCUUCUAUGUUUACUACUCCAAGGCCAAAAUUUUCAGCAAAGAAAGUCGGUGUCACAGCACAGGAAAGAGGUGGUGAAAGGUCCUUAUCCCUCCCUGGAUGGCAUUCUUCAAGUUCUUUGCGAUCCAUGUCCCCUGUUUCUCCUGUGAUGUUCCAACCAGCUCCUGAUUAUUUUAGCAAGCCAACUCCAGCAGCUGACAAACCUGGGAAGAGGCUGACUCCUUGGGAAGCAGCAGCCAAGUCCCCUCUUGGCCUUGUGGAUGAUGCCUUUGGUCCCCAGACCAUUCAGGAGUCAAUUGCGGCCAACGUAGUAUCAGCUGCUCGCAAGAAAGCUCUCCCUGCUCCACCAGAUGAGUGGAAACAAAAGGUUGCCUAUGAACAUCCUGCUCCGAUUGCCCAUGCCAAAUUAGCCUCAUUUGGAAGGAGCCAUUCAGCAGCCAUUUACCCUGCAAAGAGCACAAUGUCUGCUCCCAGCUCCACUGUCCAUUGUGGAUCCCGCCUGCAGUAUGCAUACUAUGGCCAACGUGCCCGAACUGAUCCUGACAUGGCCUCCAUGGAUUCCAGGUCUGAUUACUGCCUGUCAGUAGCUGAUUCCAACUAUAAUCCACACCCAAAGGGAUGGCGGCGCCAAACAUGAAAAGCAAAGUCAUCUGUCUGUUUCCCUUCUUGCAGUUUUACAUGUGUUAGAUUUGGGGUCGAACUGAAAAUGGAAAGUGGUCUGUGUGGAUAAGUUCUCUGGCCUGACAAAAAAGAGGAUCAAGAGUUAUGCAGGAUGGAGCGCAGUGCUCGUGCUAUGUCUAGGUUCUCCAUUGAAUGACAGAUGCUCAGUUUUGUCCCAGAAGCUUCACUUUCUCUUUGUUUUAUUUAUGGAUGAAGUAACAUUUGUGCAAUAACUAAGCACAAAGUGGUCUUUUCAUAUGUGAAAGCUUCAGCUGGGAAGAGUGCAACUGCUGUGGAAUUCAAACAUCUGUAAAUGAACCAAAGAGCCUUAACAAAGAAUGUAAUCAUAGGGCUCCGGAAAAGUUUGUUUCCGUUUUUCAUCCAUGGAUCCAUAGAUCCAUCCUUACUGCAUACCAUUCUGUGGUGUCAUGGAACUUUCUAGUCCCCUUUCUGUGGAAAUGGCAACCCUGACAAAAUAUCUUUGUUGUGGUAUUUUGAUCCCCCUUGCCCCCAUUAAUUUCAAAUAGGGCUUGAUUUCUUUGUUGAAUAACUGGUUACAGUAGGGCAAAAAUGAGCAAUGUCCUAAUAGGCUAUUGGCUGUUGCUGCUCCCCAUUGUAGUACAUUCAUUAUAAAUCACCCGAAUAUAACCAUCAAGUUCUAUCCAUAGUAAUCCUCUUUUCGCUUGUCACCCUAUCCAGUUCUGAGGAUUCAGACUUCAUGACUGUUCUCGGUAUUAAGGAGUUAUUUUCUUAAGACUGGAACUAUAUCAAACAACACUAUGGUUAAACGAUGGGUUAACUAUGGUUAACGCAUCAAUAAUGGGCUAUAGGCAGAUAUCAGCUAUACAAAAACAAGCAAUAUAAUUAAAGAACAGGAAGUGUAAAGUCUUCAUGGUUUCCAAAUCUUAUGAUUUGUGCCUUAGAGCACACAGUUUGCUCUCUGGUGGUAGUCCAGGGUAUUGCAAACCUGUAAUUUACCUAGUUAACUUCCUCAUCUUACUUACAGACUUGAUGGCAGCUGUGCUGGAAAUAGCCUUCUUGGAAUGUUAUUCAUCUUGAAGAUUAAAAGGGUGAAUAAGGUGUGAAGAUUCUCCUUUUUUGCAUAUACUCGAGAACCAGAAGAGAAAAGAUGACCAACUAUUUUUAUAUAUCUCUCUCCUGUUGAUUCAGGCUUUUAGUGUGUGUGUACAUAUAUAGCUCUUACAUAUAUGGAACAAUUAUAUCAUUUCCUCAACAUGGAACAUAUAAUGAGUAGAGAGUUUGCUGUGGAUCACACUCAACUUUUUUUUUUAAAGACAGGCGCACAGCCUUCCUAAAAGAAUCAACUCAGGUGAAAUUAAUUCUCCCUGUUUCUAGCAGAAGCCGGCUAUGCAGAGUGCUGGCUGUCCUUGCAUACAUUACAAAGCCCAUCCAAGCAAUGUUUAACUGUUGCUGUUGUUGUUAUUGUUUUAAAUAAAGUGUAUAACCAGAAGGACAUGCUAGACACCUGGAUUUUUUCUAAAUCCUACUUUCUGAAAAACCUGAGAAAGGAGCCAAUAGCCAUGUUGGAUUCAGAUUCAGAGCCAUAUAAGCAUGUCAAGAGAGGAGCAAAGAUGGUCCAAAGCAGAGUUUACAAUGCAGCAGGAAAACUCACAGUGGUCCUGUAGGAAGCUAUAUCUAUAUCCACCCUUAAAGCGGAGUCUGACAGUUCCAACCUGUGAAAGUUAGAGUCUUUAGUUACUUUGAGGAUAAACUCUUGGUUACUAUAAGAUUGUGGCAUGAAUUUUAUGCAACUUUCCUGACAAUGGUAAGAGACAGAAUUCAACAUUCCACUUCCCCGAAAGGUUUUUUAAAAACUGUUUUUAAGAUAAGUUCUGGUAGGUUCUAAUAUUUAGACAUUUUAAAAAGUUUGGGGCAUUUUUUGUAGCCAGACAGCCAAGCAAAGAGAAACCAUCAAACUGAGUGUAGUGUCUUCAGCUGAUUAGUAAACAUGGUAGACUAAAGAUCACAAAAUCCUUUGCUCGAAGGCUUUGCACAAGGUCUGGUAUAUGAAGAAAUUAUUCCUAGUAUUUUGAGCACAGCAGGAAUGAGGAUGACCUGAAGAUGACUGAGUGAUAACGUAAGUGGAAAGCAAUGGUUCAGGUUUCAUUGAAUGUGAGUUGGAGGCGAAUGUCACAACAUUUAUGUAACAUACAAGCCUCUUUGGAAUAUGAGACAUGGCACUGGUUUGUGAAAUGUUUGUCUUGCUAAUAAUGUACUGGUUCACAUUCUCUCGUGUCACUAGUAUGUGAGUAUUUGUCAUGGAAUUUUUGAUUUAGUAAGAGGUCAAAACAAGGAUAUAGACUAGCAAGAAUGAUCCGAGCUGUAGGACGUCAAGUUCGUAUAGUAGUAGGUUUAUGAUAAGUGUUUAAUGGUUUGAGUCCAGUUUAAGGCAACUCACCUGAAGAGAAAUGCGUCAAAUGUACAUUAGUUUAACCAGAAUAUUUGGGGUUUAAAGCAGCUAAAUUUCAUAGACAUCAGUAGGCCUCACAUGGGUGAUCUAAGCAAACUACCAUGCCACUGAAAUCAACUCAACCAUGAAAAGAUGAAUGACCAAGUUGUUGUUGUUGUUGUUGUGGUUGUUGUUUUUAUUUUAUGGCAAUAGCUUAACAGAGCACUUAAGCAAUAUGUAUCAUCCUGAAGCUUCCAGGAACAGCUUUGUGCUUUAGGCUGUGAUCUUAAGCACACCUACUUGUUGCUAUGCUUCAGUGAAGUCAAUGGGACUCGCUUCCAAGUAAAUGCAUUUGAGGCUGGUGUGUCAGUGAAUCAGGGCAAAGAGCUGCCAGGAACUGAAGGACCUAAAAACAUACCUGUUUCAGGGGUGUAGAGACCAUGGAGCAAGGGGGGUGGGAUUGUCCCCCUGGCGGCCACCAGGAUCUGGGGCAGCCACCAAGGCUUGCCCUUGAUCAGGGUGCCCCCUUGCCCCCCUCCUGCAUCCAGUGGGCAAAUGAAGCGCUUGCUGGCUAGGAGUGUGAGGAAUGCCCCUCUACUCCCCAGCCAGUUAUUCACUGAAACACUGGCAGUGCUGGGAGGGAUAGGAGGUAUUGGGCCCAUCCCUGCAUCUGACAUCGGUCAAUGCUGAUAAAGCUGACUGGGCAAUCAUUGAUCUAGGGAAGAGAAGCUCUUCCAGGGCUGACGGGCCCUUUUAUCGGCAUUGUCCCCCUCCCUUGUAUCUGACCUCAGACACGGGGGAGUGGCUUGGGGUGCAUGUGCACUUUGUGCACACAAUGGUAAAACCUAGGGGUGGGGGUGGGGGAGCCACUGGAGGACUUUGUCUUUCAGCCUCGGGCAGACUCCCUAUGCCCUUGACCUGUUUAGUCAGGCUUUUAUAGUUUAUAGUUUUAAAGCUUUAAGUUUUAGAGUGGUUUUCCCCCCUGUAUCUUAAACUGUUUUUAAUUAUGUUAGUGUUUUAAUGGUUGUGUUUUUAGAUUUUGAACCACCCAGGGACUUGCGUAUGGGGCGGUAUUAAAAUAUGUUAAAUAAAGAUAUUGAAGAGAGGACAGGUCUCCUGUACCUUCAAGAGAUGUACUGAAGGGGGACUUCUAGGAGGUGCAACUUGUUAUGCAGGGGAAAGAAAAGCCACACCUGUUGAAAAUCCCUCUUGUGUGCAUUUAUUAAAUGUCCUAUUUUCUAUAUGAAAAUCAGGGGCAAUAUUAUGUCCGAAAUGAUCAGAUCAUGUUUCUGCUUUGGAAUUUUCUGCUUUGUGGGGGAGGGAGGCCGUGAUUAGUUAUUUUCCAGAAAACAAUAAUGUAACCAAAUAAAUAUGUGGAGAGAACUUUUUUUAAAAAAAAAAAUUCAUUAUCAAGAAAAUAAAUUUGGAUGUUUUCAAGGUCUCGUUAUCCACGGUUUUAUUAUCCAUGGCUAUAGGCGAGAAUGGAAAUCCUGUGGAUAACAAGGGCCACCUAUAAGCAUAUGCUAAGACGUUAGACAGACUAUGCUAAGGAAUGACCCUGAAAAAAGCCAGAGUCUGCAAACAAUUAUACAGAGAGUCCAACCAGAUUGUGUUUAAACAGGGAGCAAGUCCCAUUUUUAUUUUGGCUUGAUUCAGGUUUAGUUCUGCCUCUAGCCUGGCAUGGAGGAUUUUGUUGAAAAGAAUUGCAAGCUUUAAUGGAAUUGCUGCUCUUUAAUGGCUGCCCCUUUACUCCCCACCCCCCCGGAGCAGUUUUCUGUAUUUUUAACAAUUGCAUGACAGGCAGAAAUAAUAUUUGCAGCUGCCCAUGGAGAUGUAGUGAUGGAGGAGCUGUGCCUGUUGAAUUACUGCCGCUCUUUUGGAAAUUUUAAAGAUGGCAAUUUAGAAACUCUCCCUGGCUGUGCCUUCAGCAUUGUCUGUGAUUGUCCUCAGUACCUGAUCCAUGAAAAAGCAAAACUAAGAAAAUAAGAAUUGCAAUGUUAAGGUUUGCAUUCAUUCAGAUUAUAUUGAGUAGGCCUGUGUGUGUUCAGAAGAUUUGGAUUUGGAUUCAACCUGAUCUGAAUUGGAAAAUAUUGGAUUUGAAUUCUGUGGGCUCUGGCAUGUCGGAUAUCAGAUUGGAUUCCAAAUCCAAAUUCUGACAUACAUUUGGAUCUUUCCCCAUAGUUGUCAAUGGGGAAAUGUUAAAAAAUCAUAGGUUGAUCCCAGAGUCUUGAAACUUGCCACACAUGUGGGGAAGGAGAUCAGGUCAAUCCCCUAAUUUUGGAAAAUUUUUGAUUUUUUAAAAAUGGCUAAAAGUUUUGAAAUCUGGCUUGUUUCAAGCCAGAAUUUUACAAAAAUCUCUGAAACUGAAGACCCUCCGUGGACCAUCAUCCAGCAUGUGGAGGAAUCUGUGCUUUGCCUUCAUCAAAAGGGGUAACAGCAUGCCUCUUUUGCUCCCCCCCCUUUAUAUUUCCCGAGUGGACAGGGCAUACAGUUAUUAAAACUGGCACACAUAAAGCCCACAUUGGAAGGACUCUGUGUAUUUCUUUUGAUUUCCCCAUUCACCACUAUGGGGAUGGGGUGAGGGUGGGGUCCUAUUCUAUUUUGCAAAUUUCAAAAUCUGAAGUAUUUCCAAAAUUAAUUUCAAUAUUUUGGAAUGAAUUCUGAUGUUAUGGAUCUGAUCCCUCCCAACCCCCCCCCCCCAAAAAAAAAACUGUAUGCAGAUUUUACCAGUUUUUAUCAAUUUGGGGCAAUUUUGGAUAAAAUCUGAAUUUUCGAUCCAAAUUUACACAGGCCUAGUAUUCAGUGCUAAGCCUGCAAGGAAACACAUUAAGGUGUUUUUUACGGCUGUGCUUAAAGACUGAAAUGUAAAUUUAUAUUUGUAUUAUUCUACACUGUGGGGUGGGGAGGAUCAUCCAGGCAUGUCUUAUUUCACAUGCCAGAAAAGAUGCCUUGGACACGCAAGGUAGACUGCUUGGACAUUUAGGAAAGUACUGUUGAACUGGUGUGUAGAAGGGUAUUCAUGUGAUUGUAUAGUUCAGCUUUUGUGAGUUUUGUUUUAACAGUUUGUUGAAGUCUUGCAGUGUGCUUUGCCCUGAUUGAGUAAGCUCAGUUUGCUUAUAACACUGCUGAGGAAACCUUAGUAGAUAAAGAAACACACUUUGGCACUUUAUAGAUCAAGCUGUUAGGACAAAAGCAAAUUGCAGGAGAUCCAUUUUGAGAGCGGAAAGUGAGAGGUCAGACUCGGCAUUGGUAAGGUACUUCAAGUUCCACUUCUAGAGUUGACAGGUGUUCAUAUAUUUAAUGACUCAAGGUGUGUACUGAUAGUAUUUGUCACGUUCGGUGUGAUUCACUGACCACAUACAGAAAUAUAAUCUGCUGGAUUAUUCCACUGUGAGUGGUCAUUUAUUGACUCCAGGUUGCUACAUACAGACAUUUUGACUUCCACAAAAGAAGUCAACAGUUCCAGAACAUAACUAAAAAGACUGAUUAUAUCGGGGUGGGGGGUGGGGAUUGAGUUUAGUAGAGGUGUUGCUUAAGUAGUUGAAAGGGAAUGUAGAUUUACUGCACUGCUGUAUGGAAGAAUAGAAACACAACUUUCUUCAUGUUAAUCUAGGAUCCCACACUGCAUUCGUUCAUUCAUUCAUUUCCAAGGUAACUUUGCAAUGUUGUCAAUAGGACAGACAUCAGGAUGUAGGUAGUAGCUAGAGCUGCAGUCUACGCUAUAUGACACUUGUGAUCCAUCACCUUGCACUCUUUUCCUUUCCUGCCACUGUACACAUUUUUCUAGCCCCUUUUCUGGGAAAAUAUAUUUUGUUGAAAUAGGUGUGUGAAUUUUGUAUGAUUUUUGAACAUCCAUCCAAGUACAGUUUUCAGGGUGUUUUUUUUUAGGGGGGGGGUGCUUCUGUGUGAUGGGACAGACAGAUCUUAUCAUCUAAUGUAAACAAUAUCCAGCAGUAUUCAGAGAGACAUCCAAACAGAUUCUUAUGCUCCAGAGAUGCAGAGACUCUAAAUACAUGAGUGUUCCUGAAGGUUUAGUUCCUGUAUUUAUAUUAGAAGGAAGGUAACUUACUUUUGUGUUUAUGUGGAUGAGCCUCUGUGCAAGUUAAUAUGUAUUGCCACUGCCCUUGCAUAACAGGUAUCAUUUAUAGUCUAAUUACAUAAUUGUAUUUUCACUUUCACCAGCUGUUAGGUUGAUGGGAAGGAUCUGUUGUUAGAAUGCAUGCUAGAGAUGCAAAAUUGUAUCAGUUAAUAAAAAUGAUGUUACCACUUGGAUGGAAGACUCAUGUUUAUUUUCUUCCCAUUCAUAUUUGUCUGGAAAUAAUCUGAAUUUUAAUAAAGUUUUAUCUCUCAUUCUACACCAUAA